ACCAAUGCGAUGGCCGUAGUUGAGUAACAAAGGUCGUAGAGAUCACGUCGGAGACGCGGUUUGCCGCUGUCAAACGCGUUAGUGCCCCCCACUAAGGCACAAAACAAAAAUCCAGCAUUGAGACAAAAUACCCAUCAUAUUGUAUAUCAUUUGUACCGGAUGCAAAUGCAAAAUCUUGUGCAUUUCGAACAGUGCUAGUUCAACUUCGGGUGCGAGAUUUUUACUUUGUUGUUGUGUGAUUGUGAAACUCAAUUAGAAAUCGAAAUCUAAAGGAACUACGGAACGAGUAUCAAAAUUAACGAUGUCGAAUGUUACAUAAAUAUGUUUGUAUGUAACUCGAAAACGAAUUCAAAAAUGUAUAAAACAUGAAAACAACGAAAUUUAUGAAACUAUGUAACUUAAUCAUCUUCAACGAUCUUCAAAUGUGUGUCUUUUAGUCUUAAACAAUUUUGACAGCAAUCCGUCGUCUCCGGCAGCCUUCUUUCUCCCCAUGAUAUAUAUUCAACUAAAGAACAAGCGCGUCAAUUGCAGCACUCACUAUGACAACACUUUGGCACUUAUGGAUUGGCCUUGCGGUUGUGUCCCUACGAGUCGGCAGCAUUCAAGGGGGACAACUCAGAAGGGUCUGGAUGCAGGACCAUUGCCAAAAUGGCAUUUGCUCGGACAUCAACAUCGAUCGAAGUGACUAUGUGAUCAUGUCUCAAAGUGCCGUGGAAAAGCAAAUCGCAUUGACAUUUGUGAACUCCAGCAUUGCCAAGAUACCGCAUCUAAUGUUUGAUACCUUUCCCAACCUGCAAAUCCUUCACAUGGACAAUUGCUCAGUGGAGGCAUUUGAGAAGCCCCAAUUCGAAGGAGCCAGUAAUUUGAUGUCCCUAUCGCUGGGCUACAAUCUGCUGAAAGAUAUACCAAAGAAUAUCUUUUUGGGUGCCGACAACCUCAACGUGCUAAGGCUUCACUACAAUCAGCUGGAGACGCUGCACAACAACAGUUUCCAGGCAUUGAAAGAGCUCAAAGAGCUUUCUUUGGAGGGCAACAGGCUGCAGCAUUUGCCCAUGGGAGUUUUUGUUCCGCUGCGCAAGAUUACGGAUAUUAAUUUGGCUCGCAAUCGCUUCAGUGCCCUACCGCGUGGUAUAUUCGAUAUGAACGCUAAUUUAACACGCAUUUCUUUGGCGGGAAAUCUCUUCAAAGCCUUCAAAUCGGAAUUGUAUAAAUUUCAAGAGCGCAUUGCCUUUCUGGAUAUUUCGGAUAAUAUCUUCCAGGACUUGACCAUAAGCAUACCCGAUUUGGAUACCUUGGUGGCCAAUAAUUGCGAUAUGCGUAAGCUGACAGUGAAUGGCAUCAUAAAGGAACUGGAGCUGAGAAACAAUUCCCUAAGAGAUUUGCCACACAUCACCUAUGCCUCGAAUGUGACUUCCUUGGAUUUGUCCGUCAACCCUCUGGCUGCAUUACAGGGCAAUCCAUUUCGCCGUUACACCGAAUUGGUGCGCUUGAAUCUGAGUUCCACCGGUUUGCAUGAUCUCGACGAGGGGAUAUUCAAGAAACAAAACCAUCUGGAAACCCUGGACAUCUCCUCGAACUCUUUGUUCACUCUUAAAUUCACCAUCUUCGAUGGUCUGAAGAAGCUGCAGUAUUUCUAUUUCCAACAGAACAACUGGAAUUGUGAUUUCCUGCAAUUGCUGAUGAAUUCAUUUGUUAAACGACGCGACAUAUCCUUCAUGGAGGACUCUGUGGCACCGGAACUGGUUGACGAUUAUAUCGAUGGCAUGGCCUGUUGGUACGAGAACAAUCCACAAUCGACGCAAUGUGGCUCGGGACGAGAUGGCUCUUCAUACAACAAUGCAGCCAUGGAGGUGGCAAUAGUUCGAAACGACAUUGACCAAAUGAUGCAGACAAUCGAGAAGAAAUUCAUUAAGGUCUUUCGCAUGUUGGAGGACAUCAAGUUGCGACUAUGACACACGAGAACAAAAAACAAGAGAAAAAAAUCUAAAAAAAAAUUAAGGCAAAUAAAAAAAUCCAAAAAAAAAGUUAUAAAAAUUGUAAUAAUAAAUACAAGAAAAAAUAGUUCAUGUUUGCCAGAGGAGAAUAUCAAACGCUCAUGUGUAACAAGAAUUAUUAUAAUAGCAUUAUCAAUACAUAUAGUAUUCAACAAGUUUCUUUAAUGAAUUAUACGUGCACUGAAGUAUAUUCGUCUAUAUAUGGAAGUGCAUUCGUAUGAGUCGCUAUUAAAACUUGUCCAUAUUUAUAUAUAGAAAAAUCUAAGAAAACCAGCGCCCAAAACUAAAUAAAAUUUAAAUACAAGUACUGAUACUAACGAA